CCGAGACGCGCGCGGCCUCUGUCCGCGUCGUCGGGCUGCCCUCGACGAGAAGUCGACGCGCCACAACACCUAUCGCAGUCGCGUCCCGCUGGCUGCCCGCAAGGAGUCACAAGUUGGAACCCCUGUGGCUGCCCAACCUCUUGCAAGCAGCACCAUGGACGAACUACCGCCCAAGACCCCGAUGACCCCCGGCGUCGGGCCGCGCUUCGGGCUGGAGGAGGAGACGUCCUUCGCCGGCAACACCGCGCCGACCGUCGUGAGCUCCGAAGGGACGUCUACCGUCGCCGAGCGGCUCUGGCGCGCCAAGGUGGCGAAGAAACUGCAAAAGAAGGCCUGGAACCGCUACUGGAAGAAGGACAAAUUUUGCGAGGCGGCCGGCGUGCGCGACGCGGACUGCAAGAGAUAUUUGGAGCUUUCAAGAAGACACAGCGACGAGCUCUCGUACGACGAGGAGGACGAGCUGGCCGCGCUCCAGAAGCGCAUUCACCAAGGCGGCGCGCGGGCCGUGCGGCCCGAGCGGACGAUGCAGCCCUGGGAGGCGCGCCUGCGGCGGCUCUCGUCGGUGGUCGAGGAGGCGCCACAGCCUCAGCAAGUGCGACGCAAGAAGAAGACUCGCGUCGGCCGGCCGAGGUCCGCCGCGGACAACUCCCUGACGGCGAAGCGCCUCAAGGACGUGCGCAACCGCGAGCGGCGCGAGCUCGCGGCCCGGACGGAGGACGGCUCGCUCGCGUCCCAGGUGUCGCACGACGGCGACGUGCGCGCGCACCUGGCCAUGACGCGGGCGGCGGACAACGCGACGUCGAUCCCCGAGGCCGCUAUGUUGGUGGCGCCGCCGAUCGAGUUCCUCCACCCGCAAGGUCUCCCGCCACAACACCUACUCGUCCCCGUGCGCAACCACCACCCGCCGGAGUGGGUCAAGCCCACGGGCAAGUCGCCCCCUCCCUCCUUAGAAGCGACGUCCGUGAACGACACGGCCUCACUCACCACUGUAGAGACGGCCGCGACCACUCAUACAGAGAUGACGCCGGGGACGCUGGACACUGUUGAAUCACCAUUACGACUCAAGGCGACGCGCGACACGCACGGCGAGCACGUCUCGCACCAGGAGCACCACCAGAACCUCGCCCACAACAAAAUGGUGAAAAACGUCAAAAAAGCCGUAGCUUUGUUUGGACACGCGGGCAAGUCCGGCGCGGCCGUGGCCUCGUUCAAGGCCUUUGGGAAAAUACGGAGUAAGAGAAGGGGCAAGGACCAGGCCCGAGAAAGGAUCCAGCUGAGCCGCCGGGAUCUUGUUGACUUGAAUCCACAGCACAUUGUGGAUUUGUUGCGGCACACGUCGCUCGAGGAGCUGAAACGCGCCGCCUCCAGCGCCCCCUACCGGGAAGAGGCUCGUCAGGAAUUACAAAAAGCGCUCGAGCAGUGCCGCGUCUGCCGCAACCGGACGGACUUUUGUGAGGAGUGCAAGAAGUGCGCGAACGGCUGGUUUUCGCGUAAUAGAUGGGCCCUGGAGCGCAUCGAGAACGAAGUGAGCGUGGAGACGCGGCGCGUUUUGAUGGAGACGGAGAAGGCUUCUGUGUUUGAGCCCUGCCGCCGGUCGCUCGACGACACGCCGCCCAAGGAGGAGGACACGCGGCGCAAGAAGAUCGCCCAGACCAUCGUGAGGGAGCAACAACGUCAGUACGACUGGUUAGAUAAACAUGACCGGAAGCGCGAGAUCGUGUCGGAGAGAGACACGCCCAUGAAGAACCGCUUCGAUAACAAAGAUAAGCGCAUCGCCAUCCCGGCGCCCGUCGGCCCGACCGGUUUGAUAACAAAGAAGAUACCGCUGGAAGGCAAGGCCGUCUACACCAAAGUCGACGAGCUCAGGCAGUGGGACCAUCAUUUAUCAAACGGCCGGCAAGGGACGCCGGCCGAGUGGCCCAACUGCUGGCGCAAAACCAAAAAGGAGCUCGCCGAGGAGCUCGCCGCGGCGGAGAACCGGGCGUCGCGGGCCAGCUCGCGGGCCAACUCGCGGCCGGCGACCUCGGGGACGAGAGUGAGUUUCGCGGUCGCGGACGACCGUCUAAUGUGA